AUGGACAAUGCGCCGAGCCACCCGACUAACUUGGCUGAGCUGCCCACCUGCAUUCCUGUGGAGGUCCUGUUCCUACCGCCCAACACAACGUCGCUUAUCCAGCCUAUGGACCAGGGGGUGAUUGCCACCUUCAAGGCCUUCUAUCUCCGCCGCACAUUCCAUCAGCUGAUUGAACACACAGACAGCGAGGACAAGCAGUCAAUGUUGGACUUCUGGAAGCAGUACCACAUCAUGAAGGCUGUCUCCAACAUUGAUCUUUCUUGGAAGGAGGUGACACAGCAGUGCCUCAAGGCUGUGUGGAAAAAGAUCUGUCCAGAGCUGUGUGAGGAUGUGCAACUACCAGAGCCCAUCAUAGCGGAGAUAGUUGACCUUGUGACCACUGCUGGACUAGGAGACACAGAUGCUCAGGACAUUGAGCAGUUAAUCCAGGCUUCAGGUGAGAGCCUCAACAAUGAGGACCUUGAAGAACUGGCUGAACAGGGCACACAGAAACCUCAGGACACCAACGACUCAGACACUGAGCCUCCAAAAGAGCUUCCUUCUGAGCUCCUAAACAGGACAUUGCAUCAGGUCAAUUACAUAAUGGAUGAGCUGGUGGCCAAUGAUCCUGAUGCAACUAGGAAUGCAAGGCGCAUUGUGCUGGGAAGGGUGUCUUGCUACCGCCAUGUGCUGGAUAGCCGCAAGAAGCAUAGAUAA